CCCAAAACCACUGGAAAAUACCCCAAAACCACUGGAAAAUACCCCAAAACCACUGGAAAAUACCCCAAAACCACAGAAAAAUACCCCAAAACCACUGGAAAAUACCCCAAAACCACUGGAAAAUACCCCAAAACCACUGGAAAAUACACCCAAACCACUGGAAAAUACCCCAAGACCACUGGAAAAUACCCCAAGACCACUGGAAAAUACCCCAAGACCACUGGAAAAUACCCCAAAACCACUAGAAAAAUACCCCAAGACCACUGGAAAAUACCCCAAAACCACAGAAAAAUACACCAAAACCACUGGAAAAUACACCCAGACCACUGCAGGAA